UGCAUGUCUUGUGUGUGUAUACGGCAAAAAAGCUUUUGUCUAGUUUCUUAAGGGCAUAAUUUUUCUCGAACACGCACGUUUCAUAUAGUCCUUGACUAGACUUGUUAUGUCUCAAUCUUAUAUAGGCUCUCGCUUCUCGCUUACGGACACAAAUGAGAUGCGCUACGUCGGCACUCUGACAGAAAUCAACUCUAUAGACUCGACUCUCACAUUAUCAAAUGUAAUUUCCUAUGGAACCGAGGGUCGAAAUACAGCAGAGCCCGUAUUCCCGAGUAACGAAGUUAUACCAGCUUUGAAAUUUCAUAGGAAUUCAAUUAAAGGUUUAGUUGUCUUUGAUCCGAGUUUUCAACAACCCUCGGCGACACCUGAAGUUCCUUCGCACCCGGAUACUAAUGGAAUUAUGAAUAAUGGUUCUUAUAUACCCCAGAGUUGGGGCAGAAACGACUAUAAUGCUCCAUUCCAGAACAUGACACCGCAACAGAUUAUGCAUUAUUACCAAGAACUCUGCGCUUAUCAACAAUAUAUCACAAAUCAAUUGCAUCAACUUCAGCGGGCAUCUCUUUACAGCACCGGGAAUAUGCUACCCAUGCAAGGUGUACAGAACUUUGAUACUAUGAUGAACAUGAGCUACCAGCAUCGUGCUACAUCAGAACUUCAAAAUGGAGAUAGUGGGAACACGAAUAUCUCUUCUUCGUUUAUGUCUCUCUCUUCUUCUGCUGCUGAGCCUUCUUCUACGACCCAGGAUAACUCAUUUUCUAACUCUUCUCGAGGUUUUUCUGGAGAUCCUGAGUAUUUCAACCAUUCCUUGCUCUCUCCUGUGACUGCGGCCACACCUUCUUCGACUUUGCAUGCAGACAAUUUGUCUAGUGAAAAAACUAGCGACGCACCUCAGGCACCACAACAAGACGCUUCAUUCCGACGCGUCGGUUCUACGCCAUCCGGGUCCAACUCGACAACACCUGCCAAGAACAAUACACAAUCUUCUGCGUACACGUCGCAUCGAACAGAAUAUUCGAACAAAAAGCACAAUACCUCAAAUAUUUGGACCACUCCCUCAUCUAACGCUUCUUCUAAGAAAGGCACUUCUUAUCACGGCCAGAACCAUGCAGCCGCUGGAAAUAGCAACAACGGCUAUUCUAAGGCAGACCAUGGCGGUGAAGCUAUGGCGAAGACCAACCACAGCCACCAAAAUGUAAAAAGCUCUCAGGGAGGACAACAUGGUGGCAACUAUCAGAAUCGUUUCAACAAUAACAAUAACAAUCAAGAUGGCGGUCGGUCUUACACUCCCUCCGAUCAAAAUUCCAACCGUCAUCAAAAACCCCCUCGCGAUCGUCACGGGUAUUCUUCGAACUUCAAUGCCGGAAAUGGUCGACAUCACACGGGUCAAUUCAAACCCUCCAACAACACUAAGCGCAUCAAUGUGGAUGAAUUCAACUUUGAUGAAAAUAACAAAAAAUUCGACAAGUUAAGUGUUAUGGAGGAACUUUUUAAAGAAAACCUAACAUUGAAUCCGAAACCCUCUGAGCCUGAGGACAAAUUCUUCGACUCUUUCUCUAUUACCUCAUCUUUUAAUCAAAAGGACAAAAAUUCUGUCUAUAAUGAAAAACAAACCAAUCGCCAAACUUUUGGAGUUGCAUCUCUGUACCCUGCUCAUCAUGGUGGCAAUCAAAACGGAAAUUACAAUCGCGGUGAUGGUGCGGAGUCUGGAAACAACACACAUCGUGGUAACAAGUAUCGAGGUAGUUCCAACAAUCACGCUUAUUCAGGAAAUUCCAGUGAAACAGAAAACUCAAACCGUCAUCACGCAUCUAACCAUCACAUCAAUGGCCACACUCAUGGAAAUCGAACCACUCAAGACGACAAGGGGCGUCUCUUCCGUGCAAAAAUCAUGCCUAUCAAUGCAUAAGUCAAGAAUCUCUCCUGAAAUAUCAAUGGCUCAUUACAACACUCCCCCUCUUCUAGAGUGUGUCUUGUUUAUAGAGAGAAAAGCUGGUUUCGAGAGAGAAAAUUGUUUUCUCUCUCAGCUUGCGCGCAAAAAAUCAGUUUUUUUGCGGGUUUCAUACAAGACAACGACCGAGGCACACACAAUCGUAAAUCCCCCAUCUAAAAAGAAUUUUUUUAAGAGGCGAAUAUUGCAUUCUUUGUCAACCGCCUACUUUUGCUGCAAGACCUUUGCGAAGCUCUCCUAUGUAUAAGUUUCACACAUCUAAAUUUAAGCUAAUUGAUCACUUGAAGAAAAGUGGCGUUAUUACCUCUUUCGAUGUCGAGAGGGCUAUGAAUGCAGUAGACAGAAAAUACUAUUGUCCUACAACACCAUAUGCCGAUAGUCCUGUCUAUAUAGGUAUCGAAAAUUCUUGCAUACAAGCGAAGCAGUUGGCCUUUUACUGACAAGCAGUUUUUGCUUCUUGUCCAACCUUUCUAUGGUCUAUUUACAUAUUUACACACGCGAGACAGAUAACUCUACGAUUUCUGCCCCUCAUAUGCACGCUUAUUGUUUAGAGGUGCUCAAGGAUAAACUGGUGAAAUCCAACGCGAGGGCGCUAGACAUAGGAUGUGGGAGCGGAUAUCUCACGGCAUGCAUGGCCUAUUUGAUGCAACAGUCAAAUAAGGGUGGCAUUACUUAUGGAAUCGACCAUAUUCCUGAACUUGUUGAUUUGUCUAUUUCAAACAUUAAGAAGGGUAAUCCAGACAUUCUGGAUUCAUAUGCAUUUUUGCAAGUCGGAGAUGGGUAUAAGGGGCUCCCGAACGAGCAGUUGUUUGAUUGUAUACAUAUCGGUGCAGCAGUCAAAUCAGUCCCGCAAUGCUUGGUUGAUCAACUGGCUCCAGAUGGAAAAAUGGUCAUUCCUAUAGAAGAUCCAAGCACACAGGACCAGUGGCUCACUCUUGUGCAAAAAGAGCCAGAUGGCGCACUUUCGCACCAGAAACUGCUUCCUGUUCGAUAUGUACCCUUGAUUAAAAAGGAAGAGGUAUAGUUUGUUCCUUUUUAUUUCAUUAUAGGGGUGGUAAAGGUCACGAGUCACGGAUCUGUACUUUUUUUUUUCGUAUCUCUGAUUUUUUUUACGUUUGCGAGAUGGUCUCUCCACUUGCCGCGUUUGUUCCUAACGGAGGAGUUUCGAUCGAGGUUCGCCGAUUCGGCUUUGCAAAUAUUUUCGGCGAAUCUUCGUUCGUUCUGGACGUGUAUUCGAGAGCAUUCCAGCCUCGUCGGAAUGGCUGGGUGUUACGUCCUUAUUCGGAAAAGGUGGAGGCAUUAUUAUGGUACUUACGUGACGCGUCCAAGGUGGUCGCGAGGGAAGCAUUAUGGGUUCGUCACGGCGUGCGUGUCAAGGAGUGGGAGGUAGUUGGAGGGAACGAGGUGCGGGGCACGCUUCACGGCUUCGUUGAGGUGUUCUAUCGCAGUUCUUUUUAGUUUUCGAUCGUUGAGGGCCAAAAGAUGGACAGCGUAUGAAAGAUGAGCGUUUGCAUCGUCAGGGGAUAAUGUUAGGUAUUUAGACAUAUUUUUUAGCGCUUGACCAGUGCGUCCAGAUGAAAAGUGUAUGCUACUGAGGUGGUAAUAGGGAGGGGCAUAAUUUGGGUCCAGAUGUAUGAUGUGUCGAUAGACUGCUUCGGCUUCUCGAUAUCUGUUCAAUUUGGACAGACAGAUGCCGAUGUGGAGAUGCGCAUUGAGAUCGCGUGGAUCUAACUGUGUGAUUUUUUUGUAAGAUUUUUGAGCGUGUUCGUAUUUUUGUUGGGUGAAGUAAGUGUGCGCAAGCAGGUCCCACGCGGGCUUCAGAAGUGGCUGGAUUUCUGUUGCUUUGACGAGGUGCUCGACGACCUUGUCAGACAUGUUUUCUUUGACAAGCAGGUUUUUAGCAAGAGAGAAAUGGACGUCGGCGAUAGGAUGAAUUUCGCUCAAAAUGCCGUAGUGUUUAAGAGCAGAAUCAACGUCUCCGAGUGCUUCGAAUAGUUUCGCCAGGUUAUAGUGCGCAGUCACAUGGUGGCAGCUAUACUUCAGUACAGCAAAAUAGACCACUUUCGCUUCUUGGACAUAGCCGGCUCCAAAUGAGAGCUCGGCGUAAUUGAUAAGCGUUUGUAUCAGUGAGUCGAUAGGUGAUUUGAUAUUGUUCAGGAGGAAGUCGAGAUCUGCGUCGAACAGUUUGUAUUGACCUCUAGGGAGGUGAUUUAGACAGCGCAAUAGAAGAGUAGGCAAUGUUUUCACAAAAGCCUGCAAAGCAGUUUGGAAGUAUUCUUUCGAGGAGGAAAGAUUGUUCUUGGCUUUUUCUAUUUUUCCCAACGCAUAGAGUGCGUCAAUGCAGUCAGCUUUUGACUUGAGGGCCAUCUUGAGAUAGGGCGUCGCCUUCUCGUUCAAGGUGAGUUCGUGGAAAAUCGUCCCAACCGCAAGGUUGGACUCGAAAGAGUCAGGAUCCUGCUUCAGAACGGCCAGAUAGCAGUCCACCGCUUCUUCGGCUCGAGAGAGUUUCCGAUAAAUCCGGGCGAGCUCAAGAUGGACGGAACUGUCACUGGGAUCCAGCGCCCGCAGGGCCAAAUAGUGAUUGAGACUGGCUUCAUAGCAUUGGUUAUUCAGUGAAAUUUCCGCGAGUUUUCGUCGUGCAAUCAUAGACGAUUCGUUGGUGUCAAGAACGCUCUCAAAGCAUUCCGCUGCGGCCGCGAUUUGUUGGAUUUCCAUCAGCACGCAUCCGAGUACAAGGAGCGCUUUUUCGUGUCCUGGGAAUUUUUCGGUGAACUGGGAGAGAAGGUCUACGGUUUCUCUCCAUUGGUUCAUUUGUAUCAGACAUCGUGCCAGUCCGAGCACUGCGUUGUCGUUUUCCGGAAUUUUUGCUACAG